AGGAAGAAACGAUAAACAUAACCAAGCAAAUAAAUAAGGUUAGAAGUUGGAAAAUUUCCUUAAUGUUGAUCAAUUUCAAUGGUUUUAUUUAAUAAUGUCUGUGGGUUUAAUAACACGAUCCAUUAAUAUCUUUAAAUUUACAAAUAUUGGCAUUCCAUCCCAAAGUUUCCGCUCAAUAUGUAGCUGCUAUAACAAUGUACACUAUUCAAACAAACCAGUCAGGAACAUUGUUGCUGAACGGGAUCCCGAGACGGGCCAAAUAAAAAAGAAAAAGCUUCCAAUUAUACCAAAAGUUACCCUUUUACACGGCGAGGAUAUCACUAUCACUACUUUAGAGGAAGCCCAGAAAAUAGCUAAACGAAGAGAUUUAAAGCUGGUGAGAAUUAUCGAUUUGGAUACAAAGACACAAAGACCAGUUUACAAACUUAUGACUGGUGCGGAAUAUUUUCAAGAGGAUUUAAAACAACGCGAGCGAAAGAAGGCAGAAAAAGAAAAAACUGGUUUUAAAGGUGAAAAAGUACUGAUGAUAAGCCAGAAUAUUUCGGAACACGAUUUACAAACUCAAAUUAAUAAGGUCAUCAAAUGGUUGGACAAGAAAUACGAAAUACGCGUCGUUAUUAAUGGAGAUAAAGAUAAUUCUAGAAAAGCUGAAAAUAUAUAUUCACAAAUUGAAAAUAACUUGAAACAAUAUGGUAAAAUUCUUCAAACUCGUCAAAAAGGAUCAGAUAUAAAGUUUCAGAUUAUUCCUCCAAAACAGACUAAUGAAUCAAAGAACAGUGGUGGGAAUAGUGAUGGUACUAAUGAUAAAUCUUCAUGACUAAUUUUAUCCAUAGCAAUGUGUGGCUUAUGUUCUUUUUUAAUUGUCAAAUAUUCUCUAUAUUAUACAUUAUUUAAAAGAAAUAAAACAAAGUAAUAGUUAA